GAGAGGAAAGAAGAAAGAGAAACAAGGGUGGGUGGGUAGGAAAGAUCAAAGAAAAGAAGAUAUUAAUAAGCAUGAUCGCCCAAAUUUGCAUUUGGCAAUUAAGACGCCCAAGUUGGUGGUCAUUAAAGGUGGGAGAGUGGAAUUGGAUGAUAAAUGGAUAGGGCCCGGGAUUAUAUUUUUUAGAAAUUUAAUUUUAUUAAAAUAAUAUACUACAAGUCUAGAAUAGACUAUAAUAAAAGACUUGAUUACGGAGUUGACGGCGAUCCGACAUCGGCAGUCUCACUCACUCACACUCUUCUCUCUCUCUUUCUCUUUCUCUUCUGGCAGGCCUGUGCCGUUCUGUCAUCUGCUUCACAUUCCUAUUACACACACACACACACUCUCUCUCUCUCUCUCUCUAUAUAUAUAUAAUUAUAUAUUUUAGUAUAACGAAAACAAAUCAAUAAAUCUGAAUUGAAUUGAUCAAUAACGCAUAUCCAAUAAUAUUAACAUCUAUAUAUAUAUAUAUAUAUAUGUAUGUAUGUAUGUAGUAAUCAAUCUCCUCCUCUACCUUCUUCUGAAUAAUAAUAUAUAGAGAAGACAUAGAGAGAAUCAGAGAGAAAGAGAGAGAGAGAGAGAGAGAGAGAGGCACUGGGGGAUUGGCAUUAAGAAUAAUGUGGAAGCUGAAGAUCGCGGAAGGAGGGAGCCCGUGGCUCCGUACUCUCAACAAUCACGUGGGCCGCCACGUCUGGGAGUUCGAUCCCAAACAUGGAUCCCCUGAAGACAUUGCGCAAAUCGAAAAGUUCCGUCAUAACUUCAAAACCACUCGCUUCCACAGCAAGCACAGCGCCGAUCUCCUCAUGCGCUUUCAGCUUUCUAAGGAGAAUCCAGGUGGCGUGGUGUUGCCUCAGAUCAAAGUAAAAGACACUGAAGAUGUUACAGAGGAGAUGGUGACAAACACGUUGAGAAGGGCGUUAAGUUUCUACUCAACUAUUCAAUCCCAUGAUGGACAUUGGCCUGGGGAUUAUGGAGGCCCUAUGUUUCUUCUCCCUGGCUUGGUAAUUACUCUGAGUAUAACUGGGGCAUUGAAUGCAGUCUUAACAGAAGAGCAUAAAAAGGAGAUCUGCCGUUAUGUUUACAAUCAUCAGAAUCCAGAUGGUGGGUGGGGCUUACACAUUGAGGGGCCAAGCACCAUGUUUGGUUCUGUCUUGAGCUAUGUUACUUUGAGAUUGCUAGGUGAAGGAGCUAAUGAUGGACAAGGAAUGAUGGAGAGAGGGCGUAAUUGGAUUCUAGAACAUGGUGGUGCUACUGCAAUUACAUCAUGGGGGAAAAUGUGGUUAUCAGUACUCGGAGUAUUUGAAUGGUCUGGCAAUAAUCCCUUGCCCCCCGAGAUAUGGCUUCUUCCUUACAUGCUCCCUAUCCAUCCUGGAAGGAUGUGGUGUCACUGCAGGAUGGUCUAUUUGCCAAUGUCUUACUUAUAUGGAAGGAGGUUUGUUGGUCCAAUCACAGCAACAGUUCUCUCUUUGAGGAAGGAACUUUAUACUACCCCCUAUCAUGAAAUAAAUUGGGAUCAGGCACGCAACCUGUGUGCAAAGGAAGAUUUGUACUACCCUCAUCCCCUCGUGCAGGAUGUCCUUUGGGCAGCUCUUCAUAAGGGUGUUGAACCAAUCUUAAAGCGUUGGCCUGGGAAAAAGUUGAGAGAAAAGGCUCUUCGCACAGCAAUGGAGCAUAUACACUAUGAAGACGAAAAUACUCGUUAUAUUUGCAUUGGACCCGUUAAUAAGGUGUUAAAUAUGCUUUGUUGUUGGGUGGAGGAUCCGAAUUCAGAAGCCUUCAAGUUGCAUCUUCCACGGAUCCAUGAUUAUCUGUGGAUUGCUGAAGAUGGCAUGAAAAUGCAGGGUUAUAAUGGAAGUCAAUUAUGGGACACUGCUUUUGCUGUUCAAGCAAUUAUUUCAACCAACCUUAUUGACGAAUAUGGCCCAACUCUAAGAAAGGCACAUACAUUCAUAAAAAACUCACAGGUUUUGGAAGAUUGCCCUGGUGAUCUUGAUUAUUGGUAUCGUCACAUUUCAAAGGGUGCUUGGCCUUUCUCCACUGCCGAUCAUGGAUGGCCCAUCUCAGAUUGCACAGCAGAAGGAUUAAAAGCUGCUCUGCUAUUGUCGAAAAUUCCAUCAGAUACUGUUGGUGAACCAUUAGAUGCAAAGCGGUUGUAUGAUGCUGUCAAUGUCAUUCUCUCAUUGCAGAAUGAUGAUGGUGGCUUUGCAACUUAUGAACUCACCAGAUCCUAUCCUUGGUUAGAGUUGAUCAACCCUGCCGAAACCUUUGGUGACAUUGUCAUUGAUUAUCCUUAUGUUGAAUGUACCUCAGCUGCUAUUCAAGCUCUGACGUCAUUUAAGAACUCAUAUCCAGGGCAUCGGCGAGAAGAAAUAGAACGGUGUAUCGAAAGAGCCACCAUAUUCCUUGAAAAGAUACAAAAAUCAGAUGGUUCAUGGUAUGGUUCUUGGGGUGUUUGUUUUACUUAUGGUACAUGGUUUGGGGUAAGAGGUUUAGUGACUGCCGGGAAGAACUAUACUAGUUGCCCGAGUAUUCGAAAAGCGUGUGAUUUUCUGCUAUCCAAACAGCUUCCUUCUGGUGGGUGGGGAGAGAGUUACCUUUCCUGCCAGGACAAGGUGUACUCAAAUAUUGAGGAAGACAGGGCACAUGUAGUAAAUACUGGAUGGGCUUUAAUGACACUCAUGGAUGCCGGGCAGGCUCAGAGAGACCCAGCACCAUUGCAACGCGCAGCUAGAUAUUUGAUAAAUUCCCAAAUGGAGGAUGGUGAUUUUCCACAAGAGGAGAUAAUGGGGGUGUUUAAUAGGAAUUGCAUGAUAACAUAUGCGGCAUACAGAAACAUAUUCCCCAUUUGGGCAUUGGGAGAGUACCGCACUCGGGUGUUGCAGUUCCACGCAACUCCAGGACCAUGAAACACUAACUACAAUUACAAUUGUCUUUAAACUAGGAUUGCUUUUCUCCUUCUUCUUCUUCUUCUUCCUUUUUGGUUUUAAUAACAUUAUGGAGAGUAACAAGUUGUAGGUGAUUCUAAAUAUAAAAUCUACUGACAAUGCAAAAUUCAUUAGUAUUGUCUCUGAAUUAA